AUGAAUUCAUACAUUCGACCAACUGCUGAUUGGUCAGACGGUCACCCGCUCAACUCAUUCCAUCUGGAAGACGUUGGUGGCUAUUUUUUCGUGGAGACAUUUCGCUCCCUACGAGAACCCAACUUUACAGCAAAAGUGCUGCGGUCAACCGGCACACCCUUCGGUCUUUUCCGAAAUGUCACCCAAUCGCUACAGGGAUUUGGUGGCGCGCCUUAUCCUGACAUGUUUUCGCCCGCGAUCGCUGGAUUUGCUGCCAUCGCGAACGGCGGUGCCCCGUGUGGAAAUCCUUUCGAUGGACCAACAACUCUCCAUAAGGACACCGUCAAGUCCGUCUUCAGCGAAUUUAAGAAACGGGUUGAUUACAUCAAAGGCGAUACAGUCAAAUACGUUGCACUCCACUACUCACAGCAGAACCGGGACUUUCGUCCGUCGGAGAUUCCCAAGAACAUAGGGCAGACCUAUUUCCACGAAAUUGGACAGAAGGACGCUUACGGUGCCUACGAGAUGUUGAAUCGAUCGCACCUGCUGUUCGACUUCGUUUUGGACGAUCGGUUGAACUACGAGACGCUAUCCCAAUAUCGUUUGCUCUUUCUCUCAAACAGCGUGUGUCUGUCCGACGAACAGUGCGAGGCCAUUAGAAGAUUUGUCUAUGAAGGCGGUACGCUCAUCGCUACCCAUGAGACCUCGCUGCUCGACGAACUUGGACGUGAGCGGGGCAAAUUUGCUCUCUCCGAUGUAUUAGGCGUGGAGUACCGAGGACUGCGUGGGGGCACAAAUGACCACGGUAUCAUAUAUGUCCCUCAGGAUGCAGAGUUGUCCCACAAAUUCGGCUAUGUCAUCUGCUUUUACGGUCAAGAAUCUGCGGUGUCCGUUCUGCCGAACGCCGACAUCCAUGUGCUUUGUACGCGGAGUUGUCUGGAAGGGGAGCGGUUACUGAACGAUUUCGACCCAAGGAUGGACUACGAUUCGCCCGAACCCGCUAUCACGAUGCACCGUUUCGGGAAGGGGGUGGCGAUUUAUAUCUGCGGUGAUGUCGGCGGCGCGUACAUGAACAACCCUUAUCCGCCACUGAAACGGCUCAUCGCCGACUUGGUGAAGCGGACACCUCCACCUAUCGAGUUUGAGAUGCCAGAGGCUAUUGAGGUUAACGCUGCCCACCGAGGUGCGAAUGAGUUGAUGAUUCAUCUGCUCAACAAUCCCACCCCAUUACUGCCGUGGCGCAUUGCCAAUCGUGAGAAACACGAUGCGGAGAUGACUACUUUUUUAGCACUCCGUGAGGUAAACCCCAUCCACAACAUUCGGGUUCAGUUUAAUGAUUUUGCGGUGAAGUCGGCACGUUUGCCGCUACAGGAGACAAAUCUAGAGGUGUCAGGAAACGCUGCGACGGUUGUGGUACCAGCGGUAAGCCUCCACGAGGUACUUCUCGUGGAGUAUUAG